AUGCCCCCUCCCUCCCCUCCGCACUCUUAUUCCUCACGAGCUCAAUCUGCCAACGCGCCUGCCUCCCUCAUGUCGCGCGAUGCUCCGAACAGUCAGGCACACCGGCCGGGCAGCAGCAUGUCUAUCUCCGCCAUGCUAGGUUCGGACCCGGACCGCCCUGCACGAGAUCCGACGCGAGAAUCAGCGCCGUUCUUUUCGCGACCGUCUGCAUCUCUUUUUGGAAAUCCACCGCCGUCGUCAUCUUCUGCUGCCAUGUCACCGCCAACCGCCCCUGCGCGACCAUCGCCGCUCGAGAACAACGUCUUCCGUCGAUCACAAACACCGGAGAAGUCAUUCUCAAAGCCUCAAACAAACCGUGCUUACCGAUCAGGGUCCGGCGGUUCGAGCCUAGGGGCAGACCAUACAUUUGGGGGCUUGGCGCGCUCGUCGCUCUCUCAGUAUCCUGAGAAGCCACACUCCACGCAUCCUUCGCCUAGAAUCUCACCGGCAGAGGUAUCGUACACUGAGCCUCGUGAGCCGCGUCGCAUGAGUCUCAGCGGCCCGAUCGCUCGACCUAGUAGUCAACCGCCAAACGCUGAAACACCCACCCGACCUCCCGGUUACAGUCCGAUCUCUCAGCCAGGUGGAGGUUCCGCCGAUCGAGCCUUCGAGCCCGGUUCUCGACCUGCUUCGGGGUCUUAUGGAGGUACUGACUCGCAACACGGUCGGUAUGGUGGAUUUGGCGAUCGACGGAUGGAGGAUGCCAUACAGCGUGAGCGAGAACGUGCAGCGGCUCUUGGAGAUCCCAAGUUGUCGCAGGCUGGGUAUCGCUAUAGUCCUCACUAUGCCGAGCGUGAUCCUCGAGAGCGUGACUCUGGCUCGACGUGGGACCAUCGCUCUCAUCCUCCAUCGCCGGAGAGUAAGCGUUUCCCUGCUCCGGACCAUGGGUCAACGUUCGGGUUUGGAGCUAUCCAGAGCUACACCAAGUCCCUUGGAUCGCAACCCGGCAACAGACAACCGCAAAUAUCCCUACAGUCUGGGAAUAGCCAACCCACUCCGCCCCACGAUCCUUAUGCCAGACACCAAACCCAACCUCCUCGCUUGGGGUCCACGCCUGCCUUAGCGGUCUCGACUGCGGUCGCCUCCUCUGGCCUUGCAGCCUUGGCGGAUGAAGGACGCCGCAAGGGAAGUGAUGAGCUCUUGCACCAUCGCAGCUUGCUGGCGGUAGGUGCAGACGGUAAGCGCGGUGGCCGUGCCUCUCCACUGCCGCAAGCUGUGCAGGGCGCACAGGCUCCUUUCGCCGGUCCUGCUGGAGAGUCUUCUAUCAAGAAUGACUUGGGUCGUGUCUUCUCUGGUAUUGGAAGUGGCGUGGGUGGUGUGACAGCUUCUGCUGGUGGAAGCGGACCAUCCACACCAUUGGGCUCCAGUCCGUUCAAGCGUGAUAGUCUUACUGGUCGCUCGAUCAAUGGAGAGGCUAUUGAUGAGGCGGCGAGACUUGCUCGGCCUCCCUCUGCGUCUGGCAGGCGGUCGAGGAGGCCGCGUGAUGAAGAGCAGAUGGAACUCGAGGCUAACGACCCUCGUGGUGUACUCUCAGCUCGUAACGCGCGUCGGUCACGACAUGCCCAUCACCACCAUCAUCAGUAUGUUACCAGUUCUGCGUUGGUUUCCAGUUUACUGACUGUCCCUAGUCAUCAUCAUCACCGCCACAAGGCAGAUGAGGAAGCAGCUACUCUGACCUCCCUUCAUCGCCCUACAAACUUCUUCCAUCGCACUUCCCCAGCGGAUCCCUCCGCUCACCAUCAUUCCCAUCACCAUCACCACCAUCACCAUACUCCUAGACAGGCCAUUCCGGCUGCGUCUCCUAUUCGUGAGCCUCGCACUAACGUAAACAUUGAGCCACUACUUUCCAGCAUUGCUCACCUCCCUCGUCAUCAUUUGGGUUCCACACUUUACACUCCUCGUGUUGGUGCUCCAGCUGCUAGAUCCUCUACGGAUAGCUCCAAGUUUGGAUACACCACAACUCCUCAGCCUCUUCCUCGCUUUGAGAAGCGUGAGAAUUGCACUUUCACCAUUCGGGUUCCUCGUUUCCGCAUUGACCAGUCUCACCGCGAAGAGAUCUGUGCGCGGCGAGCACUCUGGGGAACCGGCGUCUACACCGAUGACUCCGAUCCCGUCGCCGCUGCCAUUCACUCGGGCUUCAUCCGCGGUGCCUGGGGCGAAGACGUGGACGAGUCGAUGCUUGAUCUCGAGAUCAAGGAUACCUACCAGCACGCGCCACAAGCGCCCGCCGAAACUGAAGGCAAGGGCAAGUCUCCCAAGGAGCCUCGCCUACCACCCAUACCUCCUGCAGACAAAGAUCUGCACAUUACUCUCCUCGUGCUCCCCCGUGUCGCUCAGUACGACUCCACUAUUCUGUUCGGCCUCAAGUCUCGCAAAUACACUGGUCGUCACGACGGCAUGAGCUUCAAGAUUCAUGCUGUCGACUGGGUUGACGAGGGUGUCGGACGUGGCGAAGAACGUAGCGGUGAAGCCCGUCGUAAACGUCUCCGAACUCUCAUGCAGUCCGGCCGCAUUUGCACCGGACCUGCAAUGGCAAAGAUGGACGAGCUUCGUCGCAGCGGGGUGCAGGUCCCUCGCACUAUUGAUGGCCAGGACAAGCCAGGGGCUGUUCAGCCAGUCUCCUAA